AUGGGACGCGUGCUUCUGUUGCUCUCAGCCUUGUGCGUCUUGGCAAACCAGGCUUUGUGCUCUGGCGUGUUUGAGCUUAAGCUGCAAGAAUUUCUAAACAAAAAAGGCAUCCAAGGCAACAGAAACUGCUGUAAAGGCGGCCUGACGUCGCCGUACCAGCAGUGCGAGUGCAAAACGUUUUUCCGCGUGUGCUUAAAACACUACCAGCCCAACGCCAACCCGGAGCCGCCCUGCACCUACGGCAGCGCGGUCACUCCCGUCCUGGGAUCCAACUCGUUCCAGAUCCCGGAUACGUUACCGGAUGGCUCGUUCACCAACCCGAUCAAGCUGAACUUCGGCUUCACGUGGCCGGGAACGUUUUCACUCAUCAUUGAGGCAGUGCACGCAGAAUCCAAAGAGGAUCUUACAACAGAGAAUCCAGAGCGCAUCAUCAGCACCAUGACCACGCAGAGACACCUGACGGUGGGAGAGGACUGGGCUCAGGACCUGCACAACGCGGGAAGAACCGAACUCAAGUUCUCCUACAGGUUCGUCUGUGAUGAACACUACUACGGAGAAGGAUGCUCGGUUUUCUGCCGCCCCAGAGAUGACACUUUCGGUCAUUUCACCUGCGGGGAGCGCGGAGAGAUCAUCUGCGAUGCCGGAUGGAAGGGGCAAUACUGCACCGAGCCAAUCUGCCUUCCUGGAUGUGAUGAAGAGCAUGGCUUCUGUGAGAAACCUGGAGAGUGCAAGUGCAGAGUGGGCUUCAAAGGCCGAUACUGUGACGAGUGCAUUCGUUACCCUGGAUGCCUUCAUGGGACGUGCCAACAGCCAUGGCAGUGCAACUGCCAGGAGGGAUGGGGUGGCCUUUUCUGCAACCAGGAUCUGAACUACUGCACACAUCACAAGCCCUGCCUGAAUGGAGCCACUUGUAGCAACACCGGCCAAGGCAGCUACACCUGUUCCUGCCGCCCGGGAUUCACAGGCACCAGCUGCGAGAUCGAGGUCAACGAAUGUGCCGGAAAUCCGUGCCGCAACGGAGGGAGCUGCACUGACCUGGAAAAUACCUACACCUGCGCCUGUCCUCCGGGGUACUAUGGCAAACACUGUGAGCUCAGUGCCAUGACUUGUGCAGAUGGUCCGUGUUUCAACGGGGGGCGCUGUGCUGAUAAUCCUGAUGGUGGCUACUUCUGCCAGUGUCCCACUGGUUACGCUGGCUUUAACUGUGAGAAGAAGAUCGAUCACUGCACAUCUGGUCCUUGCUCAAAUGGCGCCCGGUGUGUGGACCUAGUGAACUCGUACCUGUGCCAGUGUCCUGAGGGUUUCACCGGGAUGAACUGUGACCGCGUGAGCGAUGAGUGCUCCUUAUUGCCCUGCCAGAAUGGCGGGACCUGUCAGGAGGGUGCUAAUGGCUACACAUGCACUUGCCCACCAGGUUACACGGGACGCAACUGCAGCUCACCCAUCAGCCGCUGCCAGCACAACCCAUGCCACAAUGGCGCCACAUGCCACGAACGUAACAACCGCUAUGUUUGUGCAUGCGUGCCUGGGUAUGGAGGACGCAACUGCCAGUUCCUGCUCCCAGAACGUGCAUCCCAGGCUGCCAACGACAUCCCAUGGACGGCGGUAGGCUCUGGCGUGUUGCUGGUACUUCUGCUGAUUGUGGCGUGCGCCGUUCUGGUGGUAUGUGUGCGAUCGAAGGUGCAGCAGCGGCGUCGAAGCCGUGAGGAAGAAGCAGCGAACGGGGAAAGCGAGACUAUCAACAACCUCACGAAUAACUGCCACCGGGACAAGGACCUCAGCGUCAGCGUGGUGUCUGGUUUGGCGCCGGUCAAAAACAUUAACAAGAAGAUAGAUUUCCAUAGCGAGCAUGACUUGAGCUCCAACGCAGAGAAAGGUGGUUACAAGUCAAGGCACCAAGCGUCCGACUACAACCUUGUGCAAGAAGUGAAGUAUGAAGUCAAGCAUGAGGUGAAGCUGGAGCACAUCGGGAAAGAGACAGCAGCAGCAAGGGAUCUGUCCGAUAGCUGUGAAGACGUGAAGUGCCAAAGCUUGCAAGACACUUGCGAGUUCGAAGAAAAACGCAGGAAACGUUUGAAAAGUGACGCAUCGAAGUAUUCCGAGUCAAGAUGCUCCGAGUCAAAGUUCUCAGAGUCAAAGUACUCUGAAUCAAAGUAUCCUGAGUCGAACUAUUCCGAUUCGCUGUAUUCCGAGUCAGCAUGCGCAUCCGCAUGUGCAUCGGCGUCCGUGUCGGCAUGUGUCGACACCAAAUACAAGUCCGUCAUGGUCAUGUCGGAGGAAAAAGACGAAUGUGUAAUUGCAACCGAGGUGUAAUUGGCCUCAAGGAAGCCGAUGCUCAUUGGGUGCUAUGGAGGACGUUUUUGACCUUCCAUAGAAAAUGCUGCUGCUCAAAACC